UGCUACUCUAAGUCCCGUCGUCGAGUUCUGCCUGCAAGCUCAAGCCGCGAUAGCCUCGCGAGGCUCGAAGCGUUGAUUUUUGCAUUUUAGACUUUUCGAGACCCCUACGAGUUCUAUCCAAGCCAUUAUGGCGGACCCAUUCGGCACUGGAGCCGGGAUCGUCGGCGUUAUCGGUCUAGCUAUCCAGAUCACGCAGGUCGUCGUUCAAUUUGGGAUAGAUUGGAAAGAUGCGCCGGAGAAUGUGAAGACAUUUAUGGCGGAGCUGGGGACUUUAAAGACUGUCUUAUCAGAGACAAACACUAACAUUAUCCUUAAUCCCGACUUUGCAGCUGCUUUUCAGAACCGAUCAUCGUUACUACUUUCGCAGCUAGGACCUGAAGCGCCUUUAACAACGGACACAAAUUUAAUGCUAGAAAUUUGUCGAAGGGAGCUGGAUUCGAUGUUGAAAGAGCUAAAGAAGAGAGGGCAAGGUCAUCGACUAGGCUGGGAGAGAUUGAAAGGAGCUUUCCUAGCGAAGGAUACUCGAGAUUCUGUGGAGAACCUCUGUCGGCAGUGUCAAACUCUAAACAACAUGCUCUCGAUUGACGCGGCGGCGCUCGGAGCAACCACGUACAAAGAGGUUAGAGAGGCAAGGAAAGAACAGCAAGAUAUUUCCUUGGCGAUCAGAGGUGGCGUAGACGAGUCCAACCGGCGACAAGAGAAUCAAGAGCAGCAGCAUGAGCGGCAGACCAUUCUUCAGUGGCUUACCCCAGUCGACUAUGCUGCCCAGCAGAGCGAUUUUAUCGGACGACGACAAGAAGGAACUGGCCAAUGGCUUUUAGACUCAGCACAAUUCCGGGCAUGGCUAGAAACCGACAAACAGACGUUGUUUUGUCCAGGAAUUCCCGGGGCUGGAAAGACGAUUCUCACAUCAAUCGUAGUAGACGAGCUCACUACACGAAUUUGCAACGAUCCGACUAUUGGUAUUGCGUACCUGUAUUGCAACUUCCGGCGGAAAGACGAACAAAAGGCGCAAGACUUACUCGCAAGUCUCCUCAAACAGCUAAGCGAACAGCGGUCCUCCCUGCCUGAUAGUGUAAAAUCUCUCUACGGCAAGCACAAAGAGAAGCGGACGCGACCAUCUCUCGAAGAAAUGUCGAGAACUCUCCAGUUUGUGGCUAGUAUAUAUUCGAGGGUUAUUGUUGUUAUCGACGCACUUGAUGAAUGCCAAGUAUCCGAUGGCUGCCGACCAGCAUUUUUAACGGAGAUCUUCAGCCUUCAGCUUAAGACUGGAGCAAACCUCUUUGCAACGUCGAGGUUUAUCCCGGAUAUCACAGAGAAAUUUAAAGGAAGCAUAAUAUCUGAGAUCCGUGCCCACAAUGAGGAUGUGCGACAUUACUUAGACGGCCGGAUCUCGCAGUCUGGACAGAAGUUACUGGAGACUUAUCGUGAAGAGAUUAAAACUGAAAUCACGAAGGCAGUUGAUGGAAUGUUUUUACUCGCGCAACUUCACUUUGAAUCUAUUAGCACCAAAAAGACGCUUAAGAAAAUGAAAGGCGUGUUGAAAAACCUGCCCAUUGGACCCAAAGCCUACGACUAUGCUUACGAACAAGCUAUGCAGAGGAUCUUGGACCACGAUGCAGACUCUGAAGAGCUGGCUAAACAGGUUCUGUCAUGGAUCACGUGCUCCAAGAGACCGCUCUCUACAUCUGAACUUCAACACGCGCUUGCAGUCGAAGUAGGCAAGACAUAUCUCGACGAAGAGAAUCUGCCUCAACUUGAAGAUAUGGUCUCAGUAUGCGCCGGUUUAGUCACAAUCGAUGAGGAGAGUAGUAUUAUUCGACUAGUCCACUACACAACGCAGGAAUACUUCGAGCGAACGCAAAAGCAAUGGUUCUUCGAUGCACAGACUGAUAUCACGACAAUCUGCAUUACGUACCUCUCAUUUAACGAGUUCGAGAGCGGCAUCUGCCAAAACGACGAGGAUUUUGAGCAACGACUUCAAUCUAAUAAGCUAUACGACUACGCUGCACACAACUGGGGUUAUCAUACUCGGGAGGCGUCGAUUUUUUACCCAGGUAUUAUUGAUUUCCUUCAGAAACAAGGCCAUGUCGGGGCAUCAAGUCAAGCACUUAUAGCUGUUAAGCGAUGGCGAGGGGAUAUAGAAUAUAGCCAAGAAAUUCCAAAGCACAUGACUGGCCUGCACUUAGCUGCAUACUUCGGAGUUGACGACGCAGUUAGAGCCUUACUCAAUAACAAUAGUCCUGAUUUGAAAGAUAGUUAUGGCCAGACACCACUAUCGUGGGCUGCUAAGAGCGGGCACGAGGCCAUGGUGAAGCUGCUGCUAGACAAGGGCGCUGAGCUCGAGGCUAAAAGCACUUAUGGCCAGACACCACUAUCGAGGGCUGCUGGGAGCGGCGGGCACGAGGCCGUGGUGAAGCUGCUGCUCGAGAAAAACGCCGAGCUCGAGACGAAGGAUAUAGAGAACGGCCAGACGCCGCUAUCGUGGGCUGCUAGGAACGGCCACGAGGCCGUCGUUAUGCUGCUACUCGCCACGGACGCUAAUGUUAGCAUAGAGAACAAAAGUGGCUGGACUGCCUUACAAUUAGCGGCACUUGGUGGGCAUGAAGGGGUAGUACGGCUCUUAGUAACACAUGGAGCACCUGAUCCCGAAGAUUUUUACGGGCUUGAAAAGCUGUUUUCAUAGAGUAGCCUUCGAAUUAUAUUAUAUAUAUUUUUCUAACUUUGAUAAAGAGGGGCUUGGGGGAGGUGAUGUUUAUAUACUAUACCUGUGCUAUAACUAAUUUCUAAGCAUAACUAGAUUAUUUAGGCUAGAAUAU